GCAGUCGAGGCACCUGUAUCGUGUCUGUGGCUCCUCCUCUUAGGGUUUAUGGUGUCCCGAUGAUCCAAUCUUGUUCUCUCUCUUUUCCGGGGCGUCGUCUCGAAGCGCUGCUGCUGCUCGAGCGGGCGUCUAGGUCACCGAUUUCAUGCCAGGCAGUGGCGCUGGCGGCUGGAAUUUGGUCGACAAUGCGGCCGGGAUUGGUGUAGGAAUGAUAGUCUGGUGGCCUGGCCGUGGAAUUAGGGUUGGAGGGAGUGAUGGCUCCAGACGGCGGCGGCGGGAAGGCGGACGUGGCUGGAUUAUGGAUUGAGUUCGUGCUGAUUCCGCAGAGAUUGGAGGAGCAUUUGGAUGGAUUGGCGAGCGGCAGGGCUUUGUCUCCCGGGCAUGCCGAGCUUGUCAAUAUGUUUUUGGAGCAGGCUGUGGCGAAUCACAAGCUGUCGAGGAAAGAACCGGAUCCUCAGGGCGGUGCUGCGGCAGCACCAGCACCAUCGAGGGCUGCUAAAACAGCGUCGUUGCUCUGCGAGAGAGCGGUCAGGGUCGCAUCGGCAGCACGGUUUAGCCUUGAGGACAUCGAGGUACUUGUUCCGAGGCAUCUCCAGUCGCUGCUCCUUAGAGCUUCGGUAAAGUAUGACAAGGAUAGGUCCCUGUUCCACGAGUGUAACUUCCAUCGCUGGGUGAUCCACAAAGCUCUAGCACCCGAGGCUUUGAGGCUUUCCAUGGCGAGCCCGGCAGUUCGUGCUCGUGAUGCAGCCACAGGUGAGCCUGCAGAGAUUUUUCAAGAUGGAUUGUUGCCGGUAAGCGGAGAAUCGGAACAGGAAGGCCCCUCGGUCAGGUUCUUGGAGGAUGUUCUGGCUUCCGUGGGGGACAAGGUUGAUAAGGUUGACAGGACAAAGAAAAAGGUGGGGAAGGCGGUGCCAAACGGGGUUGUGAUGGAUGGGCUGCAGGAGGAUGGUCUGUGCCAGAUCUUGUUCGACGUUGCAGAAUCACACUUCAUGCGGGGAAGGAUAAAGAAAGCACACGACCUGUUUAGCAAGUGUGCCUCUCUAGCAGAUGGUUACGAGUCGUCCCCUGUCCCUGAAGACCGGCUUCAUGGGUUUAUAGUUGCUUGUAGAGCCGUGGCUAGUUCAGGAGCAGUGCAGCACCAGACAGAAGGAGACGAAGUGGAAGCCGUUCUCAUUUGCGAAAGAAGCCGGGUUUCGAGUAAAAGAAAGAAUCAAACUGUGCUUUCCGAUCAUUGCAAUGGGGUGAACGAGGAAAGUCCUCAUAAGAAGGUGGAUCAUAGAGUCAAGCAGAACGGUAUUAGUUUUGAGAGCGGCCAGGAUCAUACGAAACAGGUUUCGAAUGGUUACAGAGCGAAGCUGGGACAGGAUGCUGUUGAAGAUAAAGGUCUGGUGAAAGUUCUGGCUGAUGAUGUCUUAGCCCAUCGCUUGCCUUGGGAAUACUGCCUCUCUCUGGAAAAAGACUUCACACUGCCUGCAUCAGUCCGUUGUAAAGUUGCUGCGUGCAACAUUCUGCGAAGGGUGAUUGAAGGAGCUUCUUUCGAUUCGUUGCAGCGCUUUAGUGAACAGUUCCAGGAUAACAAGGAGGCUGUACAGUUCUUGAUGCAGCUUGUGUCCAACGUCAGUUCGGAGGUCAGGGAUUCAGGUGGAGAUGAAGACCUCCAAUUGCUACCACGAUUGCAGCAGUUCACCGUCUACUUUUGUUGCACCCUCGAGGAGUCUUGGUGCUGGAAGCUGGUCUGCAAGAAAAAGUUGGUCUCCCCUGAAUUCAUGUCAGACAGCAAAGAGGGGGAAACGGUCUCUCCACCUGACAAAGGGGAAGCUGUAAAAAGUGGGUUGAUUCUUCUAGACAUUCUACAGGGUGGUAAUUUAGCUUCGGUCGAGCACGCUACUUCGCCAAUAUUUGAAAUGUCAGCUGAAAGUAUAGCGAAAGCAGUGCAGCUAAGGGCCUUCGAUGCUCUGGACAGAGGAAAGGAUUACAAUCUGGCUAGGCAACUGUAUGAUCUGGCCAAGCGCAUUUAUCCCGAGGCAAUCGACAGUGAGCUCUUCCUAUGGUUUGUAGAUAGGACAGGUGGUGGCGGUGAUAGUCUUGGAGUGGCCUUACCUGAAAGGGCCGAAGGAUAUCUCAGCAGUGACGCCGUAGUGUACAUUGUGGUGCGGAUUGCUGAUGAGGAACGAUGGUCUCUAGUGCUGGAGCUUUGUAGCUGGGCUCAACGGAGGCAGUUUAUGGAUCACAAGGACGUUGCCUCAGUGUUCAGGGAAGCAGCAAUCCUUGGCGUUCUGAUGCCUAUGUGCCUUGGCCAAACGCAUGCGCGGGAAGACGAAAUCCUUCGGAAGUUCGAGGAGUUAAUGACUUUGUCUUUCAGCACGAAAGAUGGGUGUUUACUUCCGGGGAUGAAGGUGCUGCCAGUCGUCUCCAAACUUUCCAGUGUUCGAGUUUUGGAGGUUGUGGAAAAUCUCCUAGCAGGCUGGAUAAACAGAUGGCACGCAACACCGCCGGUAGAAUUGGCAAGAUAUGGCGCCUUGGCUCGUAUGGCUAGCGCUGCUGCGGACUCCAAAAGUCAAGCUCUCAGGACAUCUGGCGACUGGGGAAAGAUGUUUCAUUCGUUGCUACAACGGCUGCUGGAACUUUCGAAAGGCACAAGGGACGACUCCCGGGGCUCUCGAUGGCUACUUGGUCUUGCGGAUCUCGCAUUUGUGGAUCAUGCGUACCUGAGCUCUCUACAAUUCUAUCUAGAGGCCGGCGCUGUUCGGAGUAGCUUCUAUUGCGAUCGGGUGGCAUCCAUGGCCCGUGAAUUCUUUACUCCUUGGGUGAUAACAAGAAUGAUUGCUGCGUGCAAGGAAAUUGGUGCACAGUUACAGGCUGCCAUUCUUUGUCAGUGUCUUCCUGAUCCAGACUAUGAGUCUGCCUUCCAGAUUUUACAGGCGAAUCCGCUCAUUGUCGAUCAGGACGCUGCAUUGUACUUCGACUGUGUAUGGGAGAUACCAAUACUGGAGCUGCUCGUUCACAUGCACGCAAAGGCAGGUGACCGAGCACGCGUUAACACUCUUAUAAGCUUGCUCCAACAGCCUGCUCUGAAUGUGCAUAAUCCAGCCUCAAUAAGGCAGGCGCACAUUGCUGCCAUGGAGCAGCGGUUCCUCCAGAGGCUUUACGCGGAACUGGUGUAAUGUAAACUAUCUUCUUCGCGCUCAGAGGUCCAGCUUGAAUUUGCGGCACUCCUGAUGCUUCCGAAAAGAGAAACUCUCAGGCUUCUUACUGCUUCAUAUAGCUCUAAACAUCACAGGAGCGGCCAUGGCAGGUACAGUUCUGCUGGCUGCUGAUUUUUUACUGUAAUUUCCAGGUUUCUUUUUAAUUUGUAGCUAUAGAUCUGGACCGUUGGUUGACUGGUGCCUCUCCGCUACGAAGAGACGCACUUGUA